AUGCUGGAGUUGGAUCAGUUUUUUGCAGAAAUUAGCGAGGAAAUUGCAAAAGAUGUUAACAAGAAAUCUUUAUUGCAAGAUUUUGAGCAUCGGUUUGAUUUAUCGAUAAUUCCGUACCAAUUGGAAAUUAAUACAUGGGUAUCUGUGAGCCCAGAUAAACUCCAUGAAGUAUUUAGAGACACUUCUAGCUUUGAAGGUGAUCUAGAGAGAAAUCUCGCCAGUUUUAAUCAAGAAUUGACUGCUUUAGAAUGCAAAUCAAGUCAGAAAGAGCGAUUAUCGAAUAAAUUCAUUGAAGAUUCAAUUUAUAUUCUCUUGGCCAAUCGUUAUUUCUGGGUCCUUUCAACCGCAUAUACGAAUGAAGAUUCAAUAAAUAUAGAUUUGGUUACUAGUGGGAACAAGUAUGGCAUAAUCGCCACGCCCAAAGAAAUCAAUACCGUGUUAAAAUUGGACGAGAUGAACUAUCAACUAUACUUGUUAUCUCUUUUGAAAUUAAUAGAUACCAUUGUUGACUAUACAACCACUACGGUGAUCAAUCAAUCUAUAGGACACUCAAACACUCCUUCUGCGAAUUAUACAAUUGGCCUCAUAAACCUGCAAUUGGUCUCCAAAAUACAAAAUGGCUUUCUGCUAUUAGAUUUGAAGAAUGACCUUCUUAGGAAGAAAUACGAUAGUUUGAAAUAUAGUUGCCAGAGAUUGAACAAAAUUGUAUAUGAUUUGUCGCUUCGAAACUUGAUCACUACAACUGCUGAACUACACUGA